AUGGCGCCGAAGCUUGAUUCCUUUAGGCAGAGCAUGUUCGAGAAGCGUGAGAGGUUUCUCUCCAAUGGCUUCUCCGACCUCCGAUUCGUGGAUAUCGAGUCGAACGAGUUUGUCGACGACAACAGUCAUGGUCGGACUCGCUUCUGCUGUUGUUGCAGCUGUUCGUUCCGGAAGCUCUCCGAAAAGCUCUCCGGGUUUUUUCUGUACGCCGGCGAUGUGGCGCGAAAAGCGUGGGAUAUGGGCGCGUCUGAUCCGAGGAAAAUCGUCUUCUCCGCGAAGAUGGCUUUGGCUUUGACGAUUGUGGCUGUCCUGAUUUUCUUCCAGGAACCUAAUCCAGAUCUCAGCCGUUACUCUGUUUGGGCUAUUCUCACAGUCGUCGUCGUGUUCGAGUUCACAAUCGGGGCGACUCUGAGCAAGGGGUUUAACCGAGGGAUCGGGACAUUAUCAGCCGGAGGUUUAGCCCUCGGGAUGGCCGAGCUCUCCAAACUUGCUGGUGAUUGGGAAGAGCUUUUCGUCACCAUAAGUAUCUUUUGUAUUGGGUUUAUUGUGACUUACAUGAAACUCUACCCAUCCAUGAAGGCUUAUGAAUACGGAUUCCGGGUUUUCUUGCUCACAUAUUGUUAUAUCAUAAUUUCCGGGUUCAGAACUGGGCAGUUCAUAAACGUGGCAAUAUCCCGUUUUCUUCUGAUUGCUCUCGGUGCUGCU